ACUGGGCCAGCCUCUAAGGCCCAGACGUGCCCCUGUCUUAACCUAGCUCUAUCCCCCGCUCUCUAUCACUCACCCACUCCCUCUCGUCCUCCCACGCCGCCGCACAUGCAUCGCACCAGGGAGGAGCCCACGUGCCCGAUCCCCUCUGACCCUACCACACCUCUGCCUGAUCCCCAUCUCUCCCUCCUUCCCCUGCUCGAUGGAGUGCCGCCGCCGGCGACCAUGAGCUCCCUGUUGCCGCUGCACGCUCGAUUCCAGGCGUCCCCGCCUCUCUGCCGCGAUAGGAACCCGAGCCCUCCACGCGCGCCGCCGCCCCGACAUCUCCAGCGCCUCCGUGCCCCUCUGCUACCCCGUCCCCGUAGUGCUCUACUUCUCCACUGGAGCUCUUCUCCCGUGCGCCCUCGCCGACCAAGACCAGCAGGCCAUUGCAGCGCCAUCUUGCCUCCUCCUCAGCGUCUUGCUCGUCCCGGACCUCCCCUGCACACUCUCGCCGCCGUGCCGAGUUCCUGCUGCCGCUGCUACUUCGCUGGAUCACUCCGCCACGCCAAGUCCUCGCCGUUGGCCUUCCCCGCACUCUGCGUGCUUCCUCUACUUCGCUUCCGCACGAGGACGAGGAUGAGCCCCUGCCUCUGCCUCCCGCUGAGUUCGGGUGGCCCCUGCUCAAGCCGCCAAGACCCCUUUGUGGUUUUCGCCAAGUUCAACCAAACUGAGGGCUUUUUGCC